AUGGCGUCCGAAUCGGAGCAGUCGAAGCAAUAUCUUCUGCCUCCCUUGUCCAAGUUGCUUCCUCAAGACGACACUACUAAGAAUAAUAAUCAUAAUGAUAAUGCAGAUGACUCGUUCCCAAGCAAAUCAUGGAACCCCUUUGACCGCAGUCCUUCGCCCGACCGCGACUAUAUCCGCUAUCAGCCGGCCUCUUCUACAAACGACGCCCUCGCUUCACCACCGGCACAACGCGAGACCACAUUUGGCUUGGGAAUCACCAAUUCCUUCCCUCGAUCCCCCUAUAAGACUCCUGAUGAUGCCGACGACGGCGACCUCGCGACCAAAUCCCUGGAUCCUGAAUCCUCGGAGCCCUCGCCAUUACAGUACCAGACAUCGCAGACUACCUUAUUGCCUCAUUCGCCUCCAUACAUAAAAUGUCCAACGCACCAGGGAAUAGUCCAGCGGCGAUUGUCGUGGGUUCCCAUUACAAUCUUGGUUCUGGCGAUAUACUCCACCAUCUUCUCCGGGAUCUACCUGGUGCUCGCUCUUGUCAGACCGCGCUAUGGCAAGAAGAUCGGUGAAGACGGUGGCCUGGCGCCUUCCACAGCCAGUCUACUCAGUGCCUUGUUCGCCAAAACGAUCGAGCUCGCGUACGUGACUGUUUGCGUGGCGUUCCUGGGGCAAGUCUUGAGUCGUCGGGCGAUCACCAAAGGGUCGCGGGGGAUCACUAUCUCCGACAUGAGUAUGCGUACCUGGAUCAUGCAGCCAGGCGCUCUGCUUGUGCAUUGGGAGACUGUGCGGUACUCGGCGCUGACGGUGUUGGGUGUGAUCACUUUGACCGCGACCUUGGUAGCGAUGUUGUAUACCACAGCAGCAGAAGCGCUCGUUGCUCCCAAAUUGCGGAUGGGCCCCAUCGAACCCCGGACCCUGGUCGGAAACGUGUCCACCGAAUUCGCCAAUCCGUUUUACCUCAAAACCCAUUGCUCGACCCCAGUCACUCAGGCCAUGGACCCUGAAGCGGCAGGAAGUACCUGUCUGGACAUGGAACUGGUCGGGCAGGCGUACCACAACUACCAGGCAUACAUCGCUGCGUGGAGCGACCUGGUCAAGAGCAAAAACUCGACGUCGUCACACCUGGCAUCGCGACUGCCCCCGACCGGCUCUCUAUACGAUAAUACCACCGUGACAGGAAGCUGGAUCGACAUUGGCAACAUGACCGAAUUGUCGCUGAAGCACGGCCGAAUGGUCAACAACAUUACCGCCGCGAUGCCUCAUGGAGGAAUCAUCGCCGCCGCUAUCAACCCGCGGAAUGGCAUUCGGCAGCCGGUCGAUGUGACAGGCGAAGGCAACUUCGAGAUCGAGGCCUCCGUGCCCUCUCCGGCCAUCAAUGUGCUUUGUGUUGGGAUGACCGCAGAAGAGCUCUCCCCCCUGGUAUACAAGAUGUGGCCCCAGGGGCACAACUUUGACCCACUGACAUGGGAUUUCGAAGGAUACAAAAACAUCUCCAGCGACUGGUAUAAUCGAACGGUCGUGGAUGAUCUUUUCGGGUGGGAUCCCAAGUCCAAGCAGACGCCUCCUGUGUUCGGCAAGUUGCCCAAAGCCAACAAUACCAUCACCAACACCACUGGCACCUGGCCCACGGACGCCAUUUACAUGCUAGGAGCAGCACCAAAUGAAACCAUGACACCGCCUUAUGUGCUGUGCGCACUCAAGGCGAAAUUGUCCUCAGUGUGUUCGACCAAGUAUUCGGCGGCCGCCAGUGGGGCAUCGUUUGGAACCAACUGCGAGAAUCCGGCGAACCCGCUUCAAUAUAAUCAUCGGAAUCAAAGUGCCGUUGACGGUGUCUGGGAUGGCAACUGGAAGAAUCUGGCCGGCGAAUGGUCCAAUUCAUUGAGUUUGAAUUCGGGCAUCACGGACGGCCGUGCCAGCAACGCCCGCCUCCUGAUGCAGUUCAUCCCGGCCCUCGAUAAUCGAACAAAGACCUAUUCGCUUGACCCCAAGCUACCAUCGGUUGGAGAAGCGCUUGCGGUCCUGGCAGGCAGCACCCUAAUCCUGGGGUCCAGGAAUGCCCCUUUUGUGCAAUUCUUCAACUACACCAAGACCGAUAACGUAUCCUAUGCACUCGCCGAGCCCGUUCAGCAAUACUUUGAGGCCACAGUUCGCGCCGUUGGAUAUGCUUCUGGGGGCACGGAGCAAUGGCAGAACCUGUUCUAUCUGAUCCUGGUCUUUGCCUUUCUGACAAGCGCCAUCAUUCUGGCGUUUAUGCUGUUCGAAGUGCGUGGGCGACAAAUCACCGACUUCACGGAACCUCAAAAUCUGUUCGCCUUGGCGAUGAACAGCCCAGCCACCGCGCAGCUGCAAGGGGCAUGCGGGGCAGGACCGCACGGUCGUCAGCUCAACGAGCGGUUCUAUGUGGCCAUGGAGGAGGAGGAUGAGCACUACUACAUCCGGACCAAGGCCGAACAGCAUGUGCGUGCGCCGUCGAUGGGACCCAGUCGCUCCAUGGCCUCGAUGGAAGUCGACGAUGCGCCGAAGGGUGUCAGUCCAGCCAUGGAUGAGUACCGGCGGCUUUCCAGCAGGAGCAGUCUCUUGUCGAGAUUUUAUUAG